UCCCCGCCCACUGGCAGGAGAGCGCCUGGCCAGGCUGCACGCUGGCGCGCAGGGGGCCAUAAAAGCAGCUGCGGCGCAGAGACGCGGAGCUUGCACACUGCCUGCCAGUGCGAACCGUGACCACACCAUGCAUGUGAACGGCAAAGUGGCACUGGUGACCGGCGCUGCGCAGGGCAUAGGCAGAGCCUUUGCAGAAGAGCUGCUGCAUAAGGGCGCCAAGGUAGCGCUGGUGGACUGGAAUCUUGAAGCAGGUGUAAAGUGUAAAGCUGCCCUGGAUGAGCAGUUUGAACCUCAGAAGACUCUGUUCAUCCAAUGUGAUGUGGCCGACCAGGAACAAUUGAGAGAUACUUUUAGAAAAGUUGUAGACUACUUUGGAAGAUUGGACAUCUUGGUCAAUAACGCUGGAGUGAAUAAUGAGAAAAACUGGGAAAAAACACUGCAGAUUAAUUUGGUUUCUGUUAUCAGUGGAACCUAUCUUGGUUUGGAUUACAUGAGUAAGCAACAUGGAGGUGAAGGUGGCGUCAUUAUUAAUAUGUCAUCUUUAGCAGGACUGAUGCCUGUGGCACAACAGCCUGUUUACUGUGCCUCAAAGCACGGCAUAAUCGGAUUCACACGCUCAACAGCGAUGGCUGCUAAGCUGAUGAACAGUGGUGUGAGAAUGAAUGCCAUUUGCCCGGGCUUUGUCAACACACCCAUCCUUCAAUCUAUUGAAAAAGAAGAAAACAUGGGACAAUAUAUAGAAUAUACAGGGUAUAUCAAGGACAUGAUGAAAUGUCAUGGAAUUUUGGACCCAUCAAUGAUUGCCAAUGGAUUAAUAACACUCAUUGAAGAUGAUGAUUUGAAUGGCGCUAUUAUGAAGAUCACAACUUCUAAAGGAAUUCAUUUUCAAGACUAUGAUACAGCUCCAUCUUAUGCAAAAGAUAAAUGAACAUCUUAGAUACCAACAAUAACUGAAAAUAAAUGCAAAUGACAUAUUCAAAUCAUAUUUUUAUUGAAAUGUAGCUUUUUAAAUGAAAUGUUACAGCCUGAAGCUUUCCUUCAUACAGCUGAUGUUAACUUUUUCUAAAUAAUUAGAUAAAUCUAUGGAUAAAAAUUUAUGAUAAACUAUCAAAAGUACAAUGCAAAACAAAGCAAUAUUAUUGUAAUCGGUAUGAUCUAAGUAAUGAUUAAAACAAAAGACAUUUAAGGAAUAGUCCACUUUUCAGAAAAUGUAUUUAAAUCUGUGGUUCAUGAAUAUCCAUGUUUUUUAGAAAAUCAUUUUAAAGGAGAUACUUGAAUUGUUAUUUAAAUCGAAACAGAUGUAAAAAGAAACUUUGUUUCUGCCUUUGCACUUCAAAAGAGGGAAGCUACUGAAUAAUGGCUAAUGUUUAGGAAUAAUAAUCUUUACUUUUAUAUCAUCUUUAAAUUGAACUCUUUAAAGAUGUGACAUAGUUUAGGAUGUGUAUUUAAGGAGUAAAUUACAGUGUGACUGUAUCCCAAGUGAAAAAUCUGAUGUAUAGAAAAAUAACAGAAAGUAACUGAGAUUGUUGAUUCCAAGUUCAGCCUCAAAUCAUGGAAGAACAUUUUUUCCUCUUUGUUUUUUAUUUUAAGAACUUUAUCUCCAAAAAUCUCAGGAAUGAAGUUUUUAACAGUUAUAGGAAAAAAAAGGAUUGUUAGUCCUUCUAACAUUUUAUAUGUAAUAUAUGCUCUUUAAGAAAAAUUGCAAAUGUAAUAGUUUUUCUUUUGUUGACAAUAUUCUAUUUUGUUUUAUUAGGGCAUAUUAGUUAUGCAGAAUAUGUGCUUCAUUUUAUCAUAUUUGUACAUGCAUAUUACAUACUUUGAUUAUUUCACCCUCAUUUCUCUCCAUCCCCUUCCCAUCUCCCUCUGUCAAUCUGUUUCCUCUUCUCUAUUAUUCUCCUUUCUACUUUUUUCUCAUCUCUAUUUUUUUUAGAUAUGAGAGAAAAAUAUGUGAUAUUUGACUUUUUGAGUCUGGCUUAUUUUGCUUAACAUAUUUGGUUCAUAUUAUUUCUAUGUUGAUUUGUACCAAUUUCAAAAAUGCUUAUAUUUUAAUAAAAGUUCUUUAUUCUAACCUCUGUAA